UAUUGUAAUUUUAAUGCUGACUUAGCUGCAGCUGCUUAGUAUAGACUUAUUUAUUUAUUUAAAAAAACAAAAGAAUCGCCCAAAGCCGCCAUGGGCUUUCUAACAGUAUUGAAAAAGAUGCGUCAAAAAGAAAAGGAGAUGCGUAUUCUGCUGCUUGGUUUGGACAAUGCAGGCAAAACGACUAUACUGAAGCGAUUUAAUGGGGAGCCCAUUGACACAAUCUCGCCUACGCUGGGCUUUAAUAUUAAGACACUUGAGCACAACGGCUACACACUAAACAUGUGGGAUGUGGGCGGACAGAAGUCGCUGCGCUCAUAUUGGCGCAACUAUUUCGAGUGCACAGAUGGUCUCGUCUGGGUGGUGGACAGUGCGGAUCGUAUGCGUCUGGAUACCUGCAAGCAGGAGCUGCAAAUACUGCUGCAGGAAGAACGCUUGGCCGGCGCCACAUUACUGGUGCUGUGCAACAAACAGGACUUGCCCGGUGCUCUCAAUUCAAACGAGAUUAAGGAGAUCCUUUGUCUGGAUGAAAUAACCACACAUCACUGGUUGGUUGUGGGGGUUAGCGCUGUUACUGGAGAGAAGCUGCUAAGUUCCAUGGAUUGGCUCAUAGCUGAUAUAGCAAAGCGAAUAUUUACAUUAGAUUAAAGCAUCAUUAUUUAUCGAGCAAA